AUGAGUUGUCCAAGACCUUGGCAGUCAGCCAUCCUCUACUUCUCGCUGUUUUCCAGCAGUCCCUCAAGCUUCCCCAAAUUCGAGUGCGUGACUCUCAAGGAUUUCGAGGAGAGUUUCGAAAGAUCACCCAUUACGCACGCGAUUACUUCAGUUGCAAACGCGAAAAUCCUUUCAGAAGACCAGCUUGUUAAAGUCAUCGAGAGGAUGCUGUCCCUGGGUGCUGAUCCGAAUUAUGUACUCGAAGACUUUAAUGAAGAAGAAACACCAGUGAAUAUGGCGAUUCGGCACGGGUAUUGGAAGAUUACCGAGCUCCUCCUAGAUUGUGGUGCUGCGACUGAUACAUGGCCGUGGGAAGAUAUACAGACAAGCCAACAAUCAAAGGUGCCGAUACAUAUUUUCGAAAGACUAUACCGGCAAGGAUUCUUCACACUAAGUCACGCAAUACUCUCUCAGCAACCGCCGGAAUUUCUUAAGCGCAUGCUCAGUCUCGAUACUUCAUAUGAAUGGGACUGUGCUCAGCGAGGAGAUUCGCCUCUGGUGACGAUUGUGUCAAAUGAAAGCUUUGAGUAUCUUGAACUCAUUUUGGAGGCUAGACCUUCGAUGUAUGAUUGUCGGGCCUUGAUGAUAGCUGUUCUUAAGAUCUCCGCUACACGAGGAUGCCUUGGCAGUUCCAGACUCGUCGAAUGCCUCCUACAGCGCCGACCAUCCCGCACUGAGAUCUGUGCCAACGAGGGCACCGCUCUUAUUUUUGCACUAUGUGGAGGACUUGGAGAGCUGGUCAACCACAUGGCGGAAGUUGGGCUCUAUCUAAGCGGGAAUCUGAGAACGAGACGUCUGAUUGAAGUGUUCAAGACCUUUGAGGAAUUCGCACAUAUUUUUACUGAAUACCCGUCUCCAUUCAGCUAUUCUUGUGAAGGGGCCGCUGUGCAAGAUGGGCUUGAUUGGCUUCUACUUUUUGCCUCGUCCGAGGCAGUUCAGUCUGCUUUGGAUCAAGGUCUCAAGCCCUUUGGGAAGCAUUUGAUGAUUGCAGCUGAAUACGGAAGGUCGGAUUUGCUCGAGACUCUGAUUGAACAUGGAGUGGACCGAAGGGAGUUGGAUGAACAAGGGUGUCUUCAACGCGCCUGUGAGCAUGGCAAUCUGGAGACAAUGAAGAGACUUCUUGACCUAGGAGUGAAAGUCAACGGCAACAUGACAAAGACCAAGCUAUACACUCCUUAUUGGGUUCACCGAACACCCUUCCAGACAGCCGUUGAGCAAGGUAGCGUUGCCAUGGUCGAGAUUCUGAUCGAGCAUGGAGCCAAUGUCGAUGAGCCGGCAGGCAAGGUUAGGGGUGCAACAGCGCUUCAGCUUGCGGCAGGCGCCGGCAGACUUGCCCUCGUUAGACGAUUGAAAGAUCUGGGAGCAGACCUCAAUGCUCCCGCGAGUCCAGUACAUGGGAGAACAGCGUUGGAGGCAGCUGCUGAACACGGGAGACUCACAACCGUUCAGUUUCUUCUGUCUUCAGGUGUUUCUACGGAGAACCAGCACCGGCGACAGUAUAUUCGAGCAGUCAAGUUUGCGGCCGCUGAAGGCCAUUCUGUCAUUGAAGCGAUAUUGAGAGAACACUGCCAACCGUGGGAUGACGAGGACUGGCGAAUUUACAUUGCUGAAACGCUUUCCGACGCAGCUGACGAAACCGAUCAAGCUGACGAUACAUCGUGGGCCUCAACGGAAGACGAAUCUGAUGAUGGACAAUCCAAUGAUGAUGGGAUCGAAUUAUCGGAGCCAGACAUUGUUAUUCAAGCUCCACAGCUCUUCCCAAUGAAUUCGGUCUACCCAUCCAGCGACAGGGGAGGGACCGAGGGCGCCGGUGGCACUUUUCAGAUCAGAGAAAGCAACAUGGCUCUUCCUGAUUUCAUGAACAACUUUGGGGUUGAUGGUAUUGAUCAAACUGGAUCCUUGGCACACCUGGAUAUGGUUGAUUGGGUCGAUGAAACAACCCAGCACUAUGAUAUCUACAGAUCCCCUGGGGUUGAACCCGAAUUGAGCAUCAUCCCGUUCUUCAGCAACGGCCCGCACAAUGUGACGGCUGAGCUCAGCAAUCAAUUCCAUCAAGGCACAGCUCUUGGUAUCGAUGGAGAAGCGCGACAAGAUUCUGCAUCAAACCUCACCGUCUCCGGGCCAGACCUCGAUGUUGUUUGCGCCAAAGACUCCUCUGCCGUUGACACCACGGUACAACAUGAUUACAUUUGGCAACUUAACCCGGACAUCCUAGUGCCCCCUAGCAAUAUCGCGGCUUCUGGCUCUGGGAUUGCACUUGAUUCAUGCUGGCUAGAUCCGGAUGCGGCCUUCGCUGAGGACCCAUUCGCUGUUGAUACGGUGGCAUUCUAUAAUUCCUUUUCGCAACCCACCCCGGAUAUCCCUAUGUCUCUUUCAAACAUCGCGGCUUCCGGCUCUGGAAGUGCAAACAAUUCGCGCUGUAGAAUAUGCGGUAAUGUCCUGGAACAGUGUUUCUGUUUGAGCCUCCCAUACAUGGAUGGAAUGGAUAUGGACGAUGAGCUUUAG